AUGUUUGACGCGACGGUCGUUCGACUUUUGACUGUUCCUCCCAAGCGAAUGUCGCAGAGCCAAGUCAAGGCAACGACCUUUCGGCCACAGCCCAAGGGCGCGGCGAUACCGGUUCGACAAGCUCAGGAGGGGAGCAGACCAUGGCUGUCGAUACUCUUCUUGCUGAGCUUGACUGCACUUUCUUUGGUCGGUUUGUAUGCAUUGGACGGUAUACGAGACCGAUUUUACAUCUUUGAGCCUGCGAAACUGCAUCAGACUGCACUCAAGGCAAUCCAGGCGCAUCCCAAUGAUACCCGCGCCAUCAUCGAUUCCAUCGUGGCUGACUUGCGGACGGACCUGCCGGGGCAUGCCAUCUCACAGACGGAAGAAUGGGUCUUCAACAAUGCCGGCGGAGCUAUGGGCGCCAUGUACAUCAUCCACGCCAGCGUCACAGAGUAUCUCAUCGUCUUUGGUACGCCGCUAGGGACAGAAGGACACACGGGCAGACAUACCGCAGACGACUACUUUCACAUCCUCGAAGGCGAGCAGUGGGCCUUUAGCGCAGGCUCACUCGAACGCGAGGUGUAUCCAGCAGGAUCUGUGCAUCACUUGCCACGAGGGACAGUGAAGCAAUACAAGAUGCACGAGAAUUGCUUUGCGCUCGAGCUCGCCCAAGCAGGCUGGAUACCGCUCAUGCUGCCCUUUGGACUGGCAGACAUCUUGUUCUCGACGUUAGACUUCCCGACGUUCUACCACACCGUCAGGAUCACAGCACGUGAGACGAUACGCAAUCUGCUCGCUGGCAAGGAGAUCAGCCCGAGUGAAGUGAAGAGCAAAGAAGGUAUCUCACUUCCUUGUCUCGAGCUUGUUCUACAAGAGAGGCUUUGGGAGCGUCUUGAGGUGCUCUACGCCCACAGCGCACCGCGAGCGCCGUCAACAGUGGCAAGACGCGGCAUGGCCGACCUUGUCAAGUUGGUAUGCAAUCCUUCGGGAUGCCUUCCUUCCGAUCAACAUGCUCGUCUCCCCACCCUAGAGCACAGCAUACCGCGCUCGAGGUCCUUGACGAGCAUGCCAGGGCCUGCAGCUUCGGUGGUGCUACCCUUGCCGCCCAUGGACAGCUCAUCCACUGGUCAACUCCAUCUCCGCAUGUUCUCACCGCCCCUCAGACCGAUCAUGCCGCCUCGUACCCAAAGCAGUGACUUUGAACGUCGGCCGACUCAGUCUGUUUACACCAACCGACCUAUCCUGCCUCAUCGGCCAUCACAACCUGCCGUUACCACGCUGCCGCCUAUGCUGGCAGAGCCACUUGAAGCACUCGCCUGCAAGUGGCAUGCCGCCAACAGCACCAACGUCAAUCUCGGCACACUCUCGCUCUGUUCAGACGCAGCCUCCAAGGAUGCGUCACCCGUCGAGCAGACCUCUGUUACGACUGCUCGUGCGCCUGUGGCAGUCUCUCUGCCGGCAGUCGCUGCCAUACCGCCCGUGCCAGCCGUUGCCGAGAUAGGCAAACGCGUCAAAAAGUCGAGACGACGAACGACCGUGUUCGAGCUCACAACGCUAGAAGCAGCCUUUGCACUCGACGCACUCCCCGAUGGUACGACGCGCGAAGCCCUUGCGCGCGAAUGUGGCAUGUCGCCAAAGGAAGUCCAGAUCUGGCAAAAGGCGAAGCGGGAUUCUGCUACCUGGAAUGCCCAUGAUUCGGGCGCAAUCACGCCUGUCAUGUCGAGAAGCAACUCGCAGAGCUCAUCAAUCUCUGCAUCCUCGCUUGCCAAGACAGCCUCUACAGAGCCAAGCUCUCAGCUCAGUGCGACGCAAGAAACGCACAAAGUCUGGGAUGCAUCCAAAUCAGCUAGCGAGGAUUCCAAGGCUUCAUCCUCUCCUUGCUCACUCCGUCCUCCGCGCCUGACAGUCGAUACCGCCAACAUCAUCCGCCGACCGGUACCGUUGCAACGUACGCCAACUGUCAAUGCUAUCUGGACUGAUCUCGGCAGAGCUUCGCCGACUAUCUAUCGCAACGACGAGCGUGCAAGAUCGGUCUCGCCCUUUGCAGGUCGUGCCUCACUCUCGCGCUCGAAUUCUUUCACAUCUUACUUGGCCAUUCCCCAGUCGGCUACCGUGCAGAGCAACACUCCAGCAGCUUUUGCGGCCGAAAUUGGACGAAGCAGAAGUGCUGGUGCGGCCUCAUUGACGAGGGCGAUCUCGUUUCCCAGCGCGCUCCCUUCACCUGUACUCGUCUUGCCAGAUUCGGACGGCACAGAUGCACCACCCCGUCCUGGUCUCCUGCGCAGACGAAGCAGCAACGUAUCUCUGUCGGUCGCAGACGAUGGCCGUGCGCGUCUUGGCGAUGAUGACGUGAUGUCAGACACGACCGACAUCCUGCCAAUUCGUUCGCCCACUCUGACCGAUUGGCAGUCCAAAACGCUCUGCGAUCGGAUGGAGUCUGAUCCUCCUUCGGUCACUGAAGCCGACACAAAGUCAAAGUUGCGCACGAACCGUCCCUCGAAAGCCCUGGCGGAAUUGAUGCUCAACGCACCUCGUGCCAAGCUGCACCCUAUGCUCGAUGAUGUCGCUUCCCGGCCUCGCAAACACGCCGGCGAAGCCGAGUGCGCAUUCGUCCAGCUAGAUCACGUCGCCAAGAAGGCAAGGCUCUCGCAAGCAACUUCGGUCUCAUGUCUGCGACGCGCAGGCUCAGAGAAUGCCAUUCCUCAGCUAAAGGUGAAGCAGCAAAUCACCAAAGCCAGAUCGGCAGAACCCGCAGCUAAGCCUCUCCGCGGUCCCGAGCCUGCCGCACCCAAGAAGGCAUCCUUGGCAAGCCUGGUUGCGGCUGCCGCCGCAGAAAUCGCAAGCGAAGAAGAUCUAGCAAGCGCACAACUCCUUCUCAGUCUUGGCGUCUCAACAUGA